AUUAUUAUGUACCUAAAAUUUGUUAGUACCAAGUAGCUUACAUUCAAUUUAUAUUUUGAAAAGGUAUAAUUCCUAUCAUUAUUGCACAUUAUAUAAAUAGCAAUAAGAAUGGCUUCUUUUCGUGAGAGACAAAAGAAUUUGUUCCAACAUUUAAAAGAUGCUGAGGAGCAAUAUAAUUUUUCUACGUCAAAUAAUCUCGUACCUUCGGACAACUAUGGUGCAUUUGACAGACAUGCUUAUAAAAAACUACGACGUGAGGUAAAAGAAUUUCGUGGUAGAGCAAUUAGUAUAUACAAAAGGCCUGAAGCAAAUAUACACGAUUGCUUGCAGGCAAAAACUACACCUGAUUUCAUAAAAAAUCCAGGAAAAUGGAAGUAUUACUCGCUUUCAGAUGUUACGCCAGACCAAAUGUCUGAUAAAACUAAUAUACAGACUGCAUUAGCAUUCAUACGCGAAAUGGAAGAAUCAGCUAAUAAAGUCGAAGAAGACAAUAUGGUUAUCGACGAAACGGGCGCUGUUUUUAAAAAACCAAGCUUCAAUAUAUCAAAAACAAUAAAACAACCAGCAAUAGAAGAACCACAACCUGUUUUGCAAAGUAACAAAGUUAUUAUGCCAGAAUAUGUAGUAGGAAUGUCUGCGAAAAAAAAUAAUGCUAAUAGAAUCAAUAAGAGAUUGAAAAAAAAUGUAGAAGCAAAACAGGUUGAAUUGAAACUCAAUCACCUGUAUGAAGAUAAUGAUGAUGAUGAAACUACUUAAGGUGUUUCCUUACGACACAUUAAUUAUUUAUAAUUAUAAAUGGACUUAAUUACAUAUGUUUAUUUUAUUUGUACACAAAAUUUUUAUCAAUAUUAAAUAAUUUAACAAUGGAGUGAUUAUAA